GUGCUUAGGCUUAUGUCUUGUUCUCAUCCAACUGCUCCUUCAUGUUGGCAACACGAUGGGAGAUGGUGGGAAACUGACCACCAAUGAUGACACCAAUCCUGGAUUCAUAAGCAUUGAUUGUGGAGCCGCUCAUGAUUACGUAGACAAGGACACGGGCAUAUGGUAUCAGACAGAUACAAACUUUGUAGAAACCGGUACAAAUUCUACUGUUCUCCCAACUAUUAACUUUGAUUAUCCUUAUUUUGGAGGACUUCUAAACACGUUGAGAAGCUUCCCAGAAGGAAAAAUGAAUUGCUAUACCCUCAAACCAAAACAAGGCAAGAACCAUACUUAUCUUAUCAGAGCUUACUUUGCUUACGGCAAUUAUGAUGGUAAAAAUCAAACUCCAACCUUCGACUUGUACCUUGGCGUCAAUCAUUGGGACACUGUUUAUGUUAGAAAUAACAAUGAUUAUCACAUUACUGAGAUUAUUCAUACGCCUACAACGAACACAAUACAUGUGUGCCUUGUAAAAACUGUUGUGGGAGUACCUUUCAUUUCUGCAUUGGAGCUUCGACCUCUCAGCGAUGCUAUUUAUCAAACAUCCUCACCUUCUCAAUCACUUUUGAUCAAUCGAAGAAGAUUUGAUUUUGCCUCCACUAGUUCCGCCAGACACAGCAGGUACAAGGAUGACAUCUAUGAUCGCAUCUGGUUCAAAUUCAGUUAUACGUACUGGAUCAAUGGUGAUAUAGAUAGUGAUCCUGCAAGCACAAACGGUUCUUAUAAAUUACCAACGGAAGUACUGAAAUCUGCAGGCCAAUCAUUUAAUCUGUCCUACCCAAUAGUGUUUGACUAUGACUUUGCAAUGAUAGACCUUGACAGGUCGUCCGAUUAUUAUGUCUACUUUCAUUUCUUAGAAAUUCAGAAGCUUCCCCAGGGGCAAAAAGAGUAAUCAAUAUUACUCUUGAUGG